ACGGCCGCUGCUUAUGGUGGAAAUGUAAUAGAUAUAAGUACAGAGCGCGUGAGCGAACUAAAAACGCGAUAGAGAAGUAGAGAGAGGAUGUUCCGUCCUUGUAUAAUGACGCGCACUUGUACAGGAAAUAUGUAACAGCGGUAUACGAGCAGCGUCAGUGUCCACUAGUGUGCAUGCCUGAUUAAACAAGGACAGGAAGUAUCUAUACAUGGUGUUCUCUUUCUAUUUCCAUGUUGCAUCCAUCUUACUAUACAGUACACACACUCAGCUAUUCUAUCAUUAUAUUUGUGCGUUGCUUAUGUGUGAACCAAACAUUUCCAUGACAACAAAUCGUUUGUCUCUUGUUUGAUGCUCGGUUUUCAACAGAGUUGAAAGAAUUUUUUAAGAGAAACGCAAUGGACGGGUUGUUUUUAAAGUAAUAAACGGAAAUUCUCGUAUCCAUUGAGAAACGAUAGGCGAUUUGAAAGUGUCACUAUGAACGGUGAUUUAUCGAUGCAAGGUAGUAUGAAUAAGAUAUUUUAUAAUCUGCGAAAAAAGGUAAGGAAUAUUCUAGAUUUUAGAUUUUAGAAUUUCCACGUCACAGACGAGUGUGUUUUGUUAUUUGAUUUGUAAUAUUGCUGCAGUUCUCUUAAUAGCUGUUCGUUUCAUGCGAUACUCGCACAUAGUAUCUAUGACUUUUGCUUCUAACAAUUUUUAUAAUUAGGCUGUAUCAAAUAUUUUUAACGUUCGUGUUUCAUGAAAAAUCAUGUGUAACUCGUUGAAUUCGCAAAUGUAACAAAAAAUUACAUGAAAAACCUUAUAUUAUUGUAAUGAAAAAAUAAUUAUAUUAGGAGGAGAGUCGUAUUUCGGAACGUCAUCGGAACAUAUUACACCUUGUAUGUGAUUAUUUGGAACACAAUGGGUGAGUAUAUUAUAAUUAAAAUAUAUUCCUAGUUCCAAUUCUUUUGAAUAGUGUCAGUGACCAAUCGAAAUAGAAAUCAGUGGACAUCAUGGAGAGAGAAGGCGAAACCAAAUUUGAAAAUUCGACAUCGGUAAUUCAGUAGUUAAGAAUAACUCAAUCGAUUAUGUAGAUUAACUAGUUAUAAACAAAUAUAUGAAGUAUAAAUUCAAAUUAUUCUUAUCCAUCUAAAAAUUGGAAAUUAAAAAGCAGAAGACAAGAAAUUAUCUUCGAGGAUUUAUAUAGUAAAUACAUUCUUUUGCCUGUCUUACCUAGAGAUAAAAUAGUUGUUUGAUGGUUAUCUUAUAGUGUUCAGUCAUUGCGAAAAAUAUUUUUAAUUAGUUAAAAACUAUAAUUAAUUAAAAACUACAUUUUUUUAUGUAUAUAGACGUUAGCGAUGUAUUAUUCCGGGAAGCUCGUCUAUCUCCCGAACAUCGGGUUUGCGACAACAUCGAUUUGGAAAUUAUCGUUGCAGAGUAUGAAAAUUAUUACAAGAUGAAAUUUCAAAAAUAUCCCAUAUUGUGUAAGAAAAUAACUGGAAGGGAAAUGACGAGGGAAGUGACAAAUGCAAGCAAAACAAGUAUUGAGACAAAAGCCAAAUCUGUUAGUAAACAAGCGAGAAGUGAGCCUGUGAAAGAGACGAAUCUACAGCAGAAGAUAACUGAUGACAAUACGAAUCAUAUUAAUCUCGCAAUGACAGUGACGUCAAUAUUCCCCAAUGAGAGUGAUGGACGUUCAUCAGAAGAGCUAUUUAACGUCCCAAUGGAACCAUCCAUGCAAUCGAAGAUAUUGAAAUGCAUUGAAAAGCUUUAUUCAGAUAAUCCGGAAUUACGAGGCUGAGGACAUCUCAUGCGCCUAGAGGAAUGUAAAACCGCUGUUAAGGAGGCCGUUGUGUAUCCCCUUAAGUAUCCUAUCUUUUUUGAUGGCCCGUUUUCCCCCUGGAAAGGUAUUUUGCUGUACGGCCCACCUGGUACAGGGAAAACGAAGUUAGCGAAGGUAGUCGCGACAGAAUGCCAUUGCACCUUUUUUAACAUAAAUGCCAGCUCAUUGGUCAGCAAAUGGAGAGGCGAUUCCGAGAAGUAUAUACGUGUAAGUUGCUUUGUCUAUGUUUUAUUUGAACUUGCCUAUAGUCAUUCGCCUACAAUUAUUUUUAUCGACGAGAUUGACUGGAUCGCCACAAAUAAAGGAGACUGUAUAUUGUCUGAACCUGCAAAGAGAUUCAGAUCAGAACUUCUUUCUAGAUUGGAUGGAUUAGUGUCUAAUGAAAAUUCUAAUGUAGUUCUUCUGGCUACAACUAAUUCCCCUUGGGGCAUUGAUGCAGCUUUACUCAGGCGUCUCGAAAAGCAAAUAUACGUAUCAUUACCCAAUGAAGUUGCUCGACUUGGUAUAUUCAAAUUAUACCUUAGCAACCACUUAUUAGAAAAUACAGAUAUUGUAAACCACAUAGUAAAAUGUACUGAAAGAUAUUCUUGUGCAGAUAUAAAAUUGCUUUGUAAGCAAGCGUGGCUACUAGAAAUAAGCCCGAUAUGGAGGAGACUUGAAAAGAAAGAAACACCUGUUACCACUUUGAAAUAUGAAUUAAAAAGUUAUGAAAUAUUAGCAAAAUUGUUAAAAAAAAUGUCACCUACAGUUAUGCAAAUAGAUAAAUAUGAUACGUGGAACAAAUAAAUACGCAAUCGUAAGGACAGAUAUUGAAAAAUAUAAAUAAAUGGAUUAUCGUUCGAGAAAUCAUUCGCAUGUGUGUGCAUGUGUGUGCGCGCACGCGCUAUAGGCUAAGUUUAAAAUGUUCGGUUGUAUUAUAUCCUUGUAUUAUAUAUGUCGGAGAUGAAAGGAAAACCGGAGCCUUCCCUUUGCAAUUUUGAGGAAGCCUUCUAAUGCUUUAGCCUAGAUUUUAUCAUAACUGUAAUUAAGCAAUUGUCAUUUGUAAUUGUUUGAUAUUUGUGAAAGCGAAAGUGGGUUCGAGGUGACAACUGGUCGCUGAACGUAGCCACGGUCACGGGAUAAACGUUUUGCCUGACGAAGGUGUGGAUCGGUUGUAUUGUUCUCCCUAGAAAUCACAUAGAAUUGUACUUUAGAGAUGUCGAUAUAAUGGGACACACGUUGUAUUAGGAAUCAAUCUCCAGACAGAAACUGCCUAGUAACGGCGUUUGAAUCUUUCUCGAUGUUUCCAAAGAGUAUACAACAAACUUUUGACAGAAAUUGCCUAGCAACAACGAUUGGAACCUUCUCGAUGUUUCCAGCGAGCAUAUAACAAACAAAUGCAAUCGUAUAGCGAAAAAGAUUUUCAUCAGAUAUUCAUUCGUGUGAUCACCUUGGAAAGUGAUACAUCGAGCAAUUUACCGAGUGUCUCAGCAAUUGUAGUUUGUGUUUAAAAUUAUUCUACACAUAGUAAAGAGUUAUCCUGUUGACCGUGGAUUCGUUUGAACCCCGGAACAUUGUUAAUAGCGUUAAUUAAAUUCAUUAUUCGUGAAACUUAUCAAUCGUUAAUCUCAUUAUACGUUAAAUUCAUUAUUCGUAAGACAUAUUAUUCGUUCCUCUUAUUGUUCGUUAAACUUAUUAAUCUUUAAUCUAAUUAUUAGUUAAACUUAUCGUUUGUUAAUCUUAUUAUUUAUUAAACUCAUUAUUCAUAAUAUUUUGUAAAACCUUGUUUAUUCGCGUAAAUAUAUUCUCUGUUUCGUAAAACAAUGGCUAAUUCAAACGAAGGAUCAUUACGCGCCUUAAAUCCUAAUGAUAACCCGACAUAUAUAUGUGAGUGUAUUUUAUCAAAAAUAUGUUUUUUAUGUUUUCUUAUCUUAGUAAUUAUUUUUAAAAAAGUCUUAAAGUCUUAUAUGAAAAUAAAGCUGUUCUUUAUUUCAAAUAAUUGAAGUAAAUAAAUACAAUGAGUUUUAUAUUUUA